AUGGUUUCCAAAAGACUUUUAAAGACCGCUGAUGUUCAUUCAGUACCCCGCUCGGACCUCAUUUUGACAUUUUAUCCCAUCCAACUGCUUGAAAAGUCCUACAAGAACCCACCCACCUACCCUCUACUUACAAACACGGGCGCGGUAAUGACGAGUAGUGUCACCAAGUUCGAUACAGGCCAUGAAGAUCUCAUUCACGACAUUUCUUAUGAUUUUUAUGGAAAACGACUAGUGACAUGCUCCACUGAUCAGCGAUUGAAAGUGUGGGAUUUUGUUGAACGACCUAAUGCGUCAGUGUGGGAGCUCAAUGACGUCUGGAAAGCGCAUGAUGCUUCUAUUUUGAAAGCCACAUGGGCACGACCUGAAUACGGACAAGUCAUUGCGAGUUGUUCUUUUGAUAGACAAGUCAAAAUUUGGGAAGAGCAAACGACAGAACCUAGAAAUAGUCAGAAAAGAUGGGCCGAAAGAUUUCGUCUCGUAGAAUCCAGAGGAGCUGUUCUAGAUAUUGCAUUUGCACCCACGCCGAGUUUGCUACGGUUAGCCACUUGUUCUUCAGAUGGUAUUAUACGUAUUUAUGAAGCGCUUGAGCCGACGAAUUUAGCUCAAUGGUCACAGAUGGAAGAAUUCGAGAUAUCGAGUAGCUCUUAUACCCAUUACGACCCCAAAAAGGCCCAUCUUACGUCUCCGCCACAGCCACAGCAGCAGCAGCAGCAACAGCAACAACGACCGUUAUUCACUUCGCAGCAAUUGCAAAAUCAACAAUCCAUGCUACAACAGCAAUUACAGCAACAGCAAUUACAGCAUUAUCAACAGCAGUAUCCAUCUCUCCCCUAUGGUUAUCCUUCACAGGCUGGAGCUACGCAAAGUAGUUUACAGCAUGGAGUACCUCCUCAUCAACAACAGCCACCACCAUGGCAGCAGCAGCAGCAGCAGCAGCAGCAACAACACGCUUUUCAUCCAACGACACCACCACCUCCUCCACCUCCUCCACCACCACCACCCUCACAGCAACAACAACAAGCAUCCUUCGAUCCAAAGCCAGGCUAUGCAACAAUGCAGCCACACGCUUUCCAUCAGCAACAACAGCAACAAUUACAGCAACCCGCCAAUACAACCAGCACGAGCUCGAGUAAUAGCUCGGUAGCAAGUUAUGGUUUGUCCACACCCGGUAUGUCCGACAUCCCGACCAUGACCACGACGGCCACGACAGCGAUGGCGGUGGCAACGACCGCAGCGACAGCGGCUGCCACAGCGGCGGCGGUGGGAACAGCAGGAGGGAUCUCACCCGCUUCUUCCACAGGCGGCCUACAAACGGCUACGACGACCCACAAUAUCCAUCGUCCGGUGGAUGCCGAUAGCGGCUAUUGUAUCGAUUGGUGUCCCAACCGCACACCGACAGCGAUGAUGGUGGUUGGUUUGGGAAAAGAAAUAGGAGCCAGGAUCUUCAAGCACGAUGGGAAUAAUCGUUGGUUGCCUGGUGAAUUUCUGCCGGGACAUACACAAGAGGUGCAUGAUGUGAGUUGGGCACCGAGUAUGGCACGAUCCUAUCAAUGGAUAGCCACGGCAAGUAAAGAUCAUUGUGUCCGCAUUUAUAAACUCACGGAACAAACGUAUCAACAACAACAACAACAACAACAACAACAGGAGCUACAGCAGCAGCAGCAACAGCAACAGCAACAGCUACAGUUACAACAGCAACAACAAAAAGGUCGAGCAGCAGCAGCAGUAGCUCCCUUUCUCUCUUCUACUUCUGGCGAUAUGACCACCAUGCACCCUAGUUUGAAACACUAUCAUGUUGAAUUAGUUGCUUGUUUUCAAGACCAUCAGGCAGAAGUGUGGAGAGUGGAAUGGAAUGUCACUGGCACUAUUCUGUCCAGUUCGGGCGAUGACGGUAAAUUACGGUUAUGGAAAGUUGGUUAUGAUGGCCAAUGGAGACAAAUGGCAUGUAUCACAGCCAAUUCGACCCACGUACGUUAA